AUGGGUGUAAUACGCAAAAAGACCGCCUCGCGCGGCACCGAAGCUGGCACCAAGUUCCAUUGCGACGUGUGUUCGGUCGACGUGACAUCAACAGUCCGUAUCUCCUGCGCCCACCCAAAUUGCCCUGAAUACGACCUCUGUGUCCCCUGUUUCGCUGCUGGCGAGAAAUCAAAGAACCACGACCCUGCCACCCACCCCUUCCAAGUUAUCGAACAAAACUCCGUCCCUAUCUUUCAAGAAGAAUGGGGUGCUGAUGAGGAGCUCCUCUUGCUCGAGGGCGCUGAGAUCUACGGACUCGGCUCUUGGGCCGAUAUCGCCGACCAUAUCGGUGGUUACCGCAGCAAAGAUGAAGUACGCGAUCACUACGUUGAUACCUAUAUAAACAGCUCGCAUUUCCCACUUCCCGACCGCGCCGAUCCAGAGGAUCAUAGUCUUCAGGAUACAAUUCCCAAAGAAGAGUUUCAGUCGCGCAAGAAGCGGCGCAUUGAAGAGCGCAAGGAGGCGGCUAAGGCUGCACCCCCUACAACCCCUAAGCAGAAGCCCACUGCCAGUGUACCGGCUUGUCACGAAGUACAAGGCUACAUGCCCGGUCGUCUGGAGUUCGAAACAGAAUUCUUGAACGAUGCAGAAGAGGCUGUUCAACACAUGGCCUUUGAACCUGGCGCAGGCAUUGGCCCUAACGGAGAGAUGGAUGCGGAGUCCGAGUUGAAGAUGACUGUUGUUGAUAUCUACAACUCCCGACUCACAGCACGUACAGAGCGCAAGAAGAUCCUCUUUCAGCAUAAUCUCCUAGAGUAUCGAAAGAACACUGCGCUAGAGAAGAAACGCUCGAAAGAAGAGCGAGAUCUCCUCGCCAAAGCAAAACCAUUAGCUCGGAUGAUGAACAUGAAAGACUUCGAGGACCUCAAUAAUGGUCUGGAAUACGAGCACAAUUUGCGCCUGGCGAUUUCACAACUUCAAGAGUGGCGCCAAAUGGGUAUCGGUGACUUGAAAACCGGCGAGAAGUUCGAGGCGGACAAACAGCAACGAGUACAGCGAAUGCUGCCCCAAGGGUCUUUCGAUCGCUUUGCCACCUCUCGACCUAAGCAAAACCAGGUGCCUGAGGCUUCGCCUGCCGCGCUCCAACUCACAACACCCGAGCUUCCCCUACGUCUUCAGAGCGCUGCAAACCCACAUAAACAGCCCGACCCUGCAGAAAUAAACGAGUUUGAUCGUCUUCUUGAGAUGAACGGCGAUGCCCCUCCACCUACACCAGCCAAGACGAAAUACGUGGUGCAGCCAUUGAGUGGGGUAUCACCUUGGAAACUGGAUAGCGAAGGAGCGGCUGACAUGCACCUCCUGACAAAAGAAGAGGCUGAAGUGUGUAACAUGCUUCGCUUGAUGCCAAAGCCAUACCUGGUUGUCAAGGAAACAUUACUGAAGGAGGCCAUGAAACAAGGCGGCAAUUUAAAGAAGAAGGAUGCACGCGCGAUCUGCAAGAUCGAGGGCACCAAAACCAGCCGUAUCUACGAAUUCAUGGUGCAUAGUGGAUGGAUCAAUAAGAUUUAG